UCAUAUAGCAAUGACAGCUGUCUCAAGUUGUUUGAGUCUGCUUCCCGUGCCUCUUGGAGACUCAGCAUCUGGGCCAUGGCAAUAAUGAAGAGUCGGGCAUUUCUCCUCCUGCUAGCAGUGAUUUCCAGUCUAGCAUCUGGAUCUUUGUAUGGCCCUGCAGAUUCCUGUGAAAGGCGAUGUAAUGAAAAAUAUAACCGGAGAGAUGUUUGCCAUUGUGAUAAUAACUGUGAACAAAAUCAGAACUGCUGUGAAGAUUACCAUAUCCACUGCUUAAAAGUUACUACAGAUGGCAAAGAAAAGGAGAGAUUCUCAACCAGAGACAAUACUAUAACAAAUGAAGAGCUACAAGAAGAAUCAGAGAAGAUUUACCACAAUGACCUCAACAGAGCAGAGGAGACUGACAUUACCCUGAACAAGCAAUACUUAACUUCCAAGACAAGUGGGCAUGAAGAUCAUUCCACAGAUCAGCUCUUCACUUAUGUCAACCAUGAGAAGCUCUUCUCAAGACCGACUUAUGCCAGUUUCAUCAAGCUGUUGGAUAAUUACCAUGCAAAAGUCGGGACAGAGGAGAAAUUCACAAAAGAACAGAUGAAGGAACAGGACAUUUUCCUCCAGGAGAUCAUGAAGACCAAGGUCAUGAAAGAGCUAUAUAAGUUUCUUCACAGCAAAAAUCGUUAUGAGACAGAAGCAGAAUUUGUUGAUGAUCUUAAGAAGAUGUGGUUUGGCCUUUAUUCCAGAGGGAAUGGUGAUGAUGGUGACUCCAGUGGCUUUGAGCAUGUCUUUCUAGGAGAAAUCAAGAAAGGAAAAGUAACUGGAUUCCACAACUGGAUUCGUUUCUACCUUCUGGAGAAACAGGGCAUAGUUAACUAUUCCAGCUACAGCUAUGAUGGUCCGUGGACCUCAUAUCCAGAUGUGCUGGGGAUGCAAUUCAACUGGGAUGGAUUUUACAAGGAGGUUGGAAGUGCCUUUAUUGGAAGCAGUCCUGAGUUUGAAUUUGGCCUCUAUUCGCUGUGUUUCAUUGCUCGGCCUGGAAAAGUGUGUCAUCUGAAAAUUGGAGGCCACAAUCUGGAUAUCCAAACAUAUACUUGGGAUAAAUCCACUUAUGGCAAUGGCAAAAAGUAUAUUGCCACAGCUUAUGUGGUUACCCCAUGAGGCUGCAAGAUUUAAAAAAAAAAAAACUUCUGAAUAACCCAAAUGCAGUCUACAGAAUGUCCAAUGUUUCUCUUCAUGCCAUCCGGCAAGUGCUCUACAUUGUAUAUGUUCUUUGAUCUUUUGAUGUUGGAUUAAUGAUAGAUGGAAUGGGUCAUGAGAUUAGAAAUCUACAAGUCAUUGGAAGGCUAUAGUUCAGCUGGAAGGCAUAGAUACCAAGUAACUUUUUCUGGAGAUGAUACAAGUUUCACAUAAAGUAAAAAGAGAAUGGAUGGUGAAAUAAUGUUUGACGAAAAAUGAACAAUAGAGAGCAGGCAAGUUCUGAACAAUUGCCAACCACUGUCUUUUCUUUGAAAUAAAUCUGCUUUCUAUUUAGACAAAACAGAACAAAGAAACUAUGUACACCCCCCCCCACACA